UGAUUAAUGUUUUUUUAGAAAAAUUUAAAAUAUUAAUUAUAUUCACAAUUAAUCAAAUUUCUUAAUUAUAUUUUUUACUUUAAUUUGAUCCAUGUAAGCCCUACAACUACAACAAUACAAAGACACGUUUCCUUGAAUUUUCUCAAGCAACUCGCUUCCCUUGAAGUUUGAACUGAGUAGAAAUGAGGAGACUUCAAUCCUACGAGGACUUCAUUAAGGUCCACGGCGUACUUCUAGCGGCGGCCGGCAUCCCCCAAUCACUCCACAGCCUUCUCUUUCAGAAGAUCUCCUCAGACACUUUCGACGGCGGCCGCUUUUUUCAGAUUGAACCGCUCGAUGAUGGCCGACAAAGAAGGCUACUUUUCACUUCUGAUUUCAUGGCCAAACACUCCAAUCUCUUCCUUGUUGAUCAUGCUUGGACUUUUCGCCUAUCCGAUGCUUAUAAGCAGUUGUGUGAAGUUCCGGGUUUAGCAGAAAGAAUGGCUGCAUUAAUGUGUGUAGAUAUUGAUUUGAACUCAGCGGAUGAGGAGGCAGGUGAUGUAGAGGGAGGUGCAGGUGAAGAGGAUAGUAGCAAAUUGAGUGCUGCAGAAAUAAUGGAGAGAGAAAUGUGCAAGGUAAAAGAAGGCUUGGAUGAUACGAGAUGGUUGGAGCUUGAGGAACUUGACAUUGAUGAUGACAUGUUUGUAUCUCUUGAUUUGCCUGAUAAAUUUCCGAACUUACUGGCAUUGAGCCUGUGUAACAACAAUCUAAGGGAUGUUGAGGUUGUUUCGAAGGAAGUUGCCCGACUCAAAAAUCUUAAAGCUCUCUGGUUGAAUAAUAAUCCAAUUUUGGAGCAUAGUAAUUCAGAGGCUGCAAUCAUUCAGGGUUGUCCUGGUUUGGAAAUUUGCAACUCAAAAUUUACAUCUAACUACGGAGAGUGGGCAUUAGGAUUUUGUGGUGGAAUUUAUGAUAAAGACAAUGCAGGCUGUGCCCAUCAAAGAGAUCGUCCUUUGAAGAGUGUGACAUCUCUAGACCUUAGUAACAGGUCUAUUCGCAAUCUGAUGAACAAGGCAUUUAAUCCAAAUGAGAUCACAUCUCUUUCUUAUUUGAACUUGCGUGGAAAUCCAUUAGACCAGAAUUCUCUUAGCGAUUUAUUGCAGCUUCUUAAAGGAUUCAGUUGCUUGCAUUCUCUGGAGGUGGAUAUCCCAGGGCCUUUAGGAGAAAGUGCUGCUGAAAUUGUUAAAGCCCUGCCUAAUCUUUCCCAACUAAAUGGAAUAAACACAUCCAAAAUAUUGGAGUUUGGUACGUCUGUGGUUGAUUCAAUGUUGCAACCACGUCUUCCUGAAUGGGCUGCUGGAGAACCUCUAACAGAUCGUGUCAUAAAUGCUAUGUGGUUGUACUUAAUGACGUAUCGACUUGCUGAUGAAGAAAAGAUUGAUGAAACGUCUGUAUGGUAUGUAAUGGAUGAACUUGGGUCUGCUUUGCGUCAUAGCGAUAAGCCAAACUUUAGAGUAUCUCCUUUUCUCUACAUGCCGGAGGGCAACUUGGCAUCAGCUGUGAGUUAUUCAAUUCUUUGGCCGAUUGAUGAUGUUCGAGAAGGUGAUGAGUGCACGCGUGAUUACCUAUUUGGUAUUGGGGAAGAGAAGCAACGAUCUGCUCGCCUAACUGCUUGGUUCCAUACACCAAGAAAUUAUUUUGUCAAAGAAUAUGAAAAAUACAAGAACAAAUUGCAAUCAAUCAAAAUUGCAAGCCCAAUACCAGGGUCAUCAAUUACAAGUAGUCCGUGUCGUGGUGAUGGACGUGCUUUACGUGUGUACGCUGACAUACCUCAAGUGGAAGAAUAUCUGACUCGUCCUGAGUUUGUUAUCACAACUGAGCCCAAAGAUGCAGACAUUAUAUGGACAAGCAUGCAGAUAGAUGAAGAGACAAAGAAGACAACAGGAAUAAAUGACGAACAGUAUAUAAAUCAAUUUCCAUUUGAGGCUUGCCUGGUUAUGAAACAUCAUUUAGCUGAAACUAUUCAGAAGGCUCAUGGCUUGGUCGAAUGGCUUCAGCCUACCUAUAAUCUUGAAACACAGCUAAGUCAACUUAUUGGAGAUUUUCACCUUCGUGAAAGUGAGAAACUAGACAAUUUGUGGAUCUUGAAGCCAUGGAACAUGGCAAGAACUAUUGAUACGACAAUAACUAGCAACUUAUCUGCUAUUAUUCGUCUCAUGGAGACUGGCCCAAAAAUCAGUCAGAAGUACAUUGAGCAUCCUGCUCUACUUAACGGGAGAAAAUUUGAUCUCCGAUAUAUUGUCUUGGUUCGCAGUAUGAAUCCCCUGGAGAUCUUCCUUGCAGAAGUUUUCUGGGUUAGAUUGGCAAACAACACAUACACUUUGGAGAAACAUAGCUUUGAUGAAUAUGAGACUCAUUUUACUGUGAUGAACUACAGAGGCAGGUUGAACCAUAUGAAUACUCCAGAUUUUGUGAAAGAAUUUGAGAAGGAACAUGAGGUUAACUGGCAGGAUAUCCACUCAAGGAUUAGAAAUAUGAUCAAAUCGGCUUUUAAAGCAGCAGCUGCUGUUCAUCCAGAAAUGCAUCAUAGCAAAUCUAGGGCAAUGUAUGGGGUUGAUGUCAUGCUUGAUUGCCAUUUUCAGCCUAAAUUACUGGAGAUUACCUACUGCCCUGACUGUACUAGGGCAGUCACAUAUGAUACUGAAGCUGUCGUUGGUGGAGGAGAAACUGUUAAAGGAAAAGAUUUCUAUAACUAUAUCUUCGGCUGUCUCUUUUUAAAUGAAGCUAGUCAUGUUUCCCAAUUGUGAGUGAAACCCAGGCAUUUAGAGCCCUUUGCUGUAAUUUGCAUCCCAAAGUAUAACUCUUGAGUUAUGCAAGUGCGUAUCAAGAGGAAAUACAAGCAAAGCCGUUUGUACACCAUGUAAUCUAUGGAAAACGUCUGAGCUGCUGGAUUUUAGAGCCCUUUUAGUUUAUUGCAACCACCAAAGAGCUUUGCUGAACUGCCUCACCAACCUGUCUUCCUCAACUACCUCUCAGUCAGAGAUGCAGCAUAUCUCCAUGGUCUAUUUUUCUCUGUAAUUUAGGGUCUUGAAAACUUUCCAGCAUCGUUCUCCACAUUGCUUUAUUAAAUCAUCUUUUUGGGGUUGAACGGGUUGGAGCAAGGGUUGAAAGUGUUGGUCACAUAAACUAUGGGAUCUUCUUGGGGUAAGAUUUGUGCAAUGCCGGUUCCCAGUAUGAUUUUUCAUGUCUGUAGCUCCCCUAUAUGUAGUUCCCCUAUAUUUUUAUUUAUGUUUUCCAAUUUUGUUCCUUGCUCAAUUGCAAAAGUGACUUACCUUUUCAGUUGAUUGGUAAAAGUUUUGCUUCCA